AUGGAGCAAGCGUAUUUCUACUUCUUGCUGUCGGGCCUGGGCGUGACAGCAGGCGCCCAUCGCCUCUGGAGUCACCGAUCCUACAAAGCCAAGCUGCCCUUGCGGAUCUUCCUGGCUGUGGCCAACUCCAUGGCUUUCCAGAACGACAUCUAUGAGUGGAGCCGAGACCACCGAGUGCACCACAAGUACACCGAGACGGAUGCCGACCCGCACAACGCGCUCCGGGGCUUCUUCUUCUCCCACGUUGGCUGGCUCUUGGUGCGCAAGCACCCGGACGUCAUCGAGAAAGGAAGAAAACUGGAUUUGACUGACCUGCUGGACGACCCUGUCGUCAGGAUCCAAAGAAAGUACUACAAGCUCUCCGUGGUGCUGAUGUGCUUCGUGUUCCCCGCCUUGGUGCCGUGGUACGUGUGGGGUGAGAGCCUGUGGAACGCCUACUUCCUGGCCUCCAUCCUGCGCUACGCCGUCUCGCUCAACACCACGUGGUCCAUCAACAGCGUGGCUCACAUGUACGGCAAACGCCCCUACAACAAGACCAUCAAUCCCAGGGACAACAUCCUGACAGUCAUGGGAACCCUUGGGGAGGGUUACCACAACUACCACCACACCUUCCCGUUCGACUACUCAGCCAGCGAGUUGGGCCUGAAGUUCAACCUAGCCACGUGGUUCAUUGACUUCAUGUUUUGGUUGGGGUUAGUUACUGACCGAAAACGGGCUCCAAAGGAGAUGGUCCAGGCUCGCAAAGAAAAGACCGGAGAUGGCAGUCGCUGAGAAAGCAACA